AUGGAAAGUGUUUCAUAUUCUACAACAGUUUUUUCGAUAAUAGUGGAUUAGUGAGGGAGUAUUCGCAUAGAAUUUUUAUCAUAUUUUGGUAAUUAAGUAAUUGCAAAUUGAACUCUUUGUAUAAGAUUGUCAAUAUAUUUAUAUUGAGAUUAUAAUUGGAUGAAUCUAGAAAUAAGAUCUAUUUGACUUCUUUUGGGUUAUAUAAUCUUUUAAAUAUUCUUCCAAUCGAAGUUUAAUUAAAUAGCUUUUUGGAGUAAUAAGAUAUCGUCUUGAAUGGUGAAAGGAGUUUUGGAUAAAUUGGGGUCAAGUACAUUAUUCCAUCUAUGUUUUGUAUUAGUUUUGUUUUUGUCGAGUCUCAAAGCUAUUUCAAACCAGUUUAGCUAUUAAUUUCGAAAUUGAAUCAACAUAUUAUCUUAUUCAUGAGUCCAAUUAUCUUGUAAAGCAAUCCAAAAGGCCUAAACUUGCGAAAGAGUUUUGUUUAGGACAUAUGCAAUUUCUUGCCAGAAUUGAUGAUUGACUCCAAGUUUACAUAUAGUUUUAAUGAGCCAUUGUUGUUAAUAUUAUGUUAAUAAAUCUGUAUUAGAGUCUGAAAGGAGUUGAUAAUUGUCAUUUUCAUGAAAUAUUUGUACAUUAUAAAGAGUGAUCAUGAGUUGUAGAUUGUGACUCAAUUAUGUAAAAUUGAGUGAUAAAGAUUCAAGAAAUUCUUUGAAUUGAAUUUGAG